GCCUGUACAGCCUACCUGUGGCUCCAGGCCACAGGUAUUCGUGACAACACAACAGAGUCGCCAGCUGUGAGUGAACACUUUGAUCUCAAUGAACGUGGCACUUCAAGGUCAAGUGGUGGAGUUUGGGCAAACAAUUACACCGCUCUUGUAUCUUUACUGUUGUGUAUAUCCCACACCAUUAUUGUGUGCACGACUAGUCUGUCCCGCGACUAUGAAAUAUUUCUGUCGCGCGACUGUCGCUGUGUCAGGGAUCCCACUGUGAUGAACACACACACACACGCUUAUAGUACUCAAGGAGGCGUUGUGUAGCUAGGACACCUGAGAGUGGCGAGGACUGUGGUGCAGCUGAUUCAGGCGCCAGCACUGCUCAUGAAUGUAACUGUUGUGUGAUCUGUGUCAGUGUCUGCUGGCAGACACAGACGAGAGAGCAGCACGCGCCCCGCAUCCCGCCAUGGCGUCCAGCCAAACUGACUCAUCAGGGAAAUGGUUUAGGAAAUGGAUGACACACCUGCUAACACAGGGGUGUCGGUGUGUCUGGUGACUGUGGCUGCCGGCAAGGGCCACCACCACCUGCUGCGUUGCUUACUGCAGGCGGGGCUGAAUAUAGAGGGUGGAGGCACCAUCGACAGGACACCGCUGAUGGAGGCUGCCGGGAAGGGCCACAACCAGACAGUGAAGGCACUGCUGACCCUCGGUGCGAACCCUCUGGCGACGGAUAGUAAAGGAAGGACGGCCCUCCACCAUGCUGCAGCGCGGGGCCAGAAGCAGUGCGUGGCGGCCCUCACGCCUGUCACCCCUCCCACCCCCGCACACCUCGAGGCAGUCACCCCGGUGCACGCCGCCAGUCACCGUGGCCACGUGGAGGUACUGGAGCAGCUGGCGGGUGCUGGCUGGCCCCUCACCGCUAGGGACAGUGAUGGCGACACACCCCUGCACCAUGCUGCGGCGGGCGGCAGUGUGACAUGUCAGGAAUGGCUGGAGCAGCGAGGUGGUGACCCGCGCGUGCAAAACAAGGCAGGACACACACCCAGGGACAAGGAACUGGUCACUGCUGUGGAGAAAGGAGACGAGGCAAGGGUGAGGUCGUCCCUCGCCAGGGGUGCCCAUUCAGAGAUCACCGUCCCCAAUGUUGCUGGGAUGUCGGGGAGUCUGGUAGGUGUGGCUGCCAGCAAGGGCCACCACCACCUGCUGCGUUGCUUACUGCAGGCGGGGCUCAGCAUAGAGGGUGGAGGCACCACCGACACGACACCGCUGAUGGAGGCUGCCGGGAAGGGCCACACCCAGACAGUGAAGGCACUGCUGACCCUCGGUGCGAACCCUCUGGCGACGGAUAGUGGAGGAAGUACGGCCCUCCACCAUGCUGCAGCGCGGGGCCAGCAGCAGUGCGUGGCGGCCCUCACGCCUGUCACCCCUCCCACCCCCGCACACCUCGAGGCAGUCACCCCGGUGCACGCCGCCAGUCACCGUGGCCACGUGGAGGUACUGGAGCAGCUGGCGGGUGCUGGCUGGCCCCUCACCGCUAGGGACAGUGAUGGCGACACACCCCUGCACCAUGCUGCGGCGGGCGGCAGUGUGACAUGUCAGGAAUGGCUGGAGCAGCGAGGUGGUGACCCGCGCGUGCAAAACAAGGCAGGACACACACCCAGGGACAAGGAACUGGUCACUGCUGUGGAGAAAGGAGACGAGGCAAGGGUGAGGUCGUCCCUCGCCAGGGGUGCCCAUUCAGAGAUCACCGUCCCCAAUGUUGCUGGGAUGUCGGGGAGUCUGGUAGGUGUGGCUGCCAGCAAGGGCCACCACCACCUGCUGCGUUGCUUACUGCAGGCGGGGCUCAGCAUAGAGGGUGGAGGCACCACCGACACGACACCGCUGAUGGAGGCUGCCGGGAAGGGCCACACCCAGACAGUGAAGGCACUGCUGACCCUCGGUGCGAACCCUCUGGCGACGGAUAGUAAAGAAAGGAUGGCCCUCCACUAUGCUGCAUUGCGGGGCCAGCAGCAGUGCGUGGCGGCCCUCACGCCUGUCACCCCUCCCACCCCCGCACACCUCGAGGCAUAUACCCCGGUGCACGCCGCCAGUUACCAUGGCCACUUGGAGGUACUGGAGCAGCUGGCGGGUGCUGGCUGGCCCCUCACCGCUAGGGACAGUGAUGGCGACACACCCCUGCACCAUGCUGCGGAAGGGGGUAGCGUGACAUGUCUGCGAUGGCUGGUAAAUCGAGGUGGUGACCCGCGCGUGCAAAAUAAGAGGGGACACACCCCGCUGGACAUGGCCGUGCAGUUUGGCCGCCACGAGGUGGAGACUUGGCUGGUCAAAAAUGGUGGUGCUGCUGUGAGGAACGAGGAUCAGCGUGUGGAGGAAGUGAGAAUAUGGCGGCGCAUGGAUGAAAACAACCACAACACAGUCUUGUCCUUUAUGACGGAGGGCAACGAGGCGCACAUGUCCCUCAUCCCCGAGACUUAUGACGGUCAUAUGCUGAACCGGGAAGGCCUGACACCCCUUCACGCCGCGGCGCUGCGCGGGGCUUCCAGUCGUGUAGUGGAGGCUUUGCUGAGACGCGGCGUGAGCCCUCAUGUGAUCACCCCUGACAACAUGACCCCCGCUGACCUGGCACGGCAAGAAGGCCAUCACCCAGUGAUUAAGGGACUACAGUGCCACCGGUGUGAACAGAGCGCCGCACCCCCCCAGCGCUUGUACCAGGAACUGCUCUCAGCAAUCUGUCUCGGGGACGACGUGCAGGCGGUGUCCAGUCUCCUGUGUAAAGGCGCCCCCAUAGAGCCCCUGGGUGGCCGCUCCGCCCUCAGACUGGCUGUCACCACCGACCGUGCACGCACCGUCAGCCUGCUGCUGGCGAGCGGCGCCUCCCUGUCCGCCACAGUGCUGCAGGAGGCUUGGCAGAGCCCCAAUGUGACCCACAGGGUGCUGGCCUCCCUCACCAGCGCCUACUGCUGCCGGCUGCGUGUGGAGCAGCGUCGUCUGGUAGAGGUCAGCCGCGCUCUUGUCGAGGGCAUCAGCAAUCUGCUGGAAGACAUCGAGGGAAGUACUCCGUGGCUGGCUGCCUGGCGAUCGGGCGAGGACACUGACCACGCAUCUCUGAGCGACCUCCUGGCAAAGGCUGCGGCUGCCAACUGCCCCGUGACUGCCGCCUUCCUGCAGAGUGCAGGGGCGUGGCCUUUCUUUAGCCAAGCCUCGGGUGGCAGCGCCCUGCACGCAGCGCUGGACGCCGGCCACCAGACCAUGGCCGAGGCGCUGAUCAGGGACCUCGGGGGCUGCCCUUACGUGCCGGACACACACGGUCGCCUUCCAGUGCACAUGAUGAGUGACGAGGAGCGACAGAGGCUGGAGCAGAGGCUCUUCGAGGAGGAGCAAGAGAAGCUGAAGGAUCUGGAGCUUCUGCAGAAAGCAGAUCGCGAGAAGGCGGCGGCACGGACAGCGCUGGACGUGCAGAAGGUUCUUUUUGAUAGCCACAAGAAUGGAGAGGACAAGAAUGUUUCUGCAGGUGAUGGCCGCGCCGCCCUGCUGCUGGCCGCUCGCAAAGGCCUUCUGCAGCUGACUCAUCUGCUGCUGCGGGAGGGUCGCCGCCCCGUGGACGAGGUGGUGGACGACACCUGCGGCACCACCGCCCUCCACCAGGCGGCCUCGCACGGCCAGGACGGUUGCGUGGCGCUGCUGCUGAGCGCAGGCGCCAACACACAGCAGCGCGACAGCUACGGCCAGACCCCCCGACUCCUUGCCGCCAUGUUUGGCCACACAAGCACUGCUGACUUGCUGGCCCAACAAGAUGUGCAGGACGUUCCUUGCCGCGCGGGCACCACCGCCAAGCAAGUGACGCGAGGAUUUGAAGCAUACUUGCAGCUUUAUGAGAAGUAUGCCCAUGAUCCUCUGACUCCAUUUGACCGCCACAACCCCGACGGCGUCACAAGGAAGCUUAUGAAAUGCAUACGUGUAGGAAAACUGCAACAGGAGGCUCAGCGGGUGGCUGUUGACUUAUCAGAAGGUGAGGCCCUUCAAAUACACGAGGCGGUGAUGGCGGAACUGAAAGUCAUCAUGGAUAAUGUGUCAGCCGCGGACCCCACCUACCGCGGCGACCUGAGGCUGGCGGGCAGCUCUCGGGACGGCUCCAAGUUGUACGCCCCAGAUGAGUUUGACGUAAAUAUCGUGAUUCACGGUGAUGACGUAGGAGUAAAUGUUAGUGAGAGAAGGAAGGAGGAAGCCCUGCUGAAGGGCAGGUUACAGAUCUCUGUGAAGACUGACAACCCCAACCUUAAGGGGAAUAGUUUCAUGGCCAAUCUAUACAAGAAGGUGCACCGCUGCCUCGCUGGCCACACCCUGCAGGACGAAAGACUGAGCCUGGUGCCGCCGGGCCUUACUAGUACGCAGGUGGGCGUGGCACUUGCCCUGGCCUGGCAGGGGCGAGAGUAUCCACUGCUGCUGGUCGGCGUGGACCUGGUGCCGGUGCUGGAGGUGCCGUGGCUGGAACAAAUCCCCAGACCCUUCCUCACUCCCGGGGACACCACCACCAUGCAGCUCAGUAAUGCCGCGGAUGGCUCAUGGCGCUGCAGCUUUGCCUUGACGGAGGCAAAGGUGCUAGGGACGCUGAGCCCGGCGGAGCGCCAAUUGCAGCUGAUGGGAAAGCUACUUCUUUCCCGCCUCAAGGCUGAGCGCUGGAUGCCACGACACAAGAAGAGCUUCUGCACCUGGUUUGCCACACGGGAGUGGAACAUCCCGGUGCCGAGCGGGUUCUGCUUCAAGAACGCAUUCCUGCGGUGGCUGGAGUAUAGGAGGCGUGGGGAGAGGCACCAUGCCAAGCAGUUGGCGGCGGGGCGGGAGGGGAACCCCGCCAGAUGGCUGGUACAGGUGUUCAGACUGAUGUGUGCAGACCCAGAGGAAUCCCGAGAGCGCCUGACAACUCAAAACAGCUCCGCCUACUUUGGAGGGGACUGUGAGGGGCGAAAACCUGGGGACGGGGCGCCCGUCAUCGUGCAGUGUCUGGAGGAGGACCUGGAAAAGUUGUGGCCUGGCUCGUCUGGGCCACCACGGCCUGAGCCUAGACAGCCAGGCGGCGGUGAACAUACUGGUGGCGCUGCGUCUUUGGAUGCAGAAGAUGCAACUCCACGGUGAUGGUCAGCAGUGACUCGCACCACUCUGUCAACCUCACACACACACACACACACACACACACACACACACACACACACGUAUACCUACAUGUGGUAAUCUCCAGAGACACAAAUGGUUGAUGUCAGACGUCACAUAUGGACAAUGAAUAGUGUAACAGUAAGGAAACACGUGAGCUCUCAAAUUUGGAAACUUGUAUAUGUAAAACAAUCCUUGCCCUGUAAAAAACUUAUGAGAAGUGUUUGAAUAAACUAAAAACAAACA